AUGAAUAUUAAUAAUAAUGAAAUUUUAUUUUGGAAAAUUAUUAGAAAUAUUUAUUUAUUUAAAAUAAUUUUAUUUAAUAUUAGUAGAUAUCAAAUUGAUACAAUUGGUAGUUCAUUAAGACCAAUUUAUUCAAUUAAAUGGUUAAUUAAAAAUGGUUAUAGGAAUACAUUAAAAUAUAAAUUAUUAAAUGAUCAUUAUUUAGAAUUGGAUUGUAAAACUUAUGAAUUUAAUAUUUUUUCAUUUCUUUCACCAAUUAAAAAUAAUCAAAAAACAAAAGAUUAUGAUGAAUUAGUAUUUUUUAAUUUUUUUAAAAGAUUUUAUAAUUCAAUUAUUCCAGGUCAUAGAGGUGAUAGUUUAUUAAAUCAUUUAAUUUCUGUAACUGUAAAUUCAAAUAAUAUACCAGCUUUUAAAGUUUUAUGUAAAGAAAAAUAUGGUUAUAAUUAUUAUUUAAAUCCUUUAAAAUUUGAUUUAAUUUUAGACAGUAAUUCAAAUUCAAAUUCACUUCAUCAUUGUAAAACAUUAAAUAAAGUUAGAAAAUUAUUAUAUAAAAAUUGUAACUCUAGUGGUGGUAGUGGUAGUGGUAGUGUUAAUGAAUUUUUUAUAUGUAAAAAUAAUGAAAUUAAAAUUUGGGAUGAAAUUUCAAAUUGUUUUUUAAAAGAAGUUGGUAAACAAUUAUUAGGAAUUUCAAGAAAUUCAUUUUCAACAAAACAUAUUCAUAUAAAUCAACAUCAUAAACCAUUUUCAGAAGGAUUAUCUCAAUGUUUAAUUGAAAAUGAUUUUUUUAAUUGUAUUUGUACAUAUAUUAAACUUUAUAACUUUUUUUUAAUUAAAAAGGGUAUUAAUCCUCCAUCAAAUUCAAAUCAUCCAUUUUAUAAAUCAUUUAAAAUAAUAUAUGAAUUUUGUCCACUUUCAUCAGAUUUUAAAGUUGAAUUUCUUUUAAACAUUUGUAAAUCAAUUUCAAUAAUUAUUAAAUCAACUAACAAUCAAAAUUGUGAGAAUAAAAAUAAUAAUAAUAGUGAUUUUAUUUUAACAAUUGAAAAAUUAAACUCUAUGGAAUUUGAUAAAAAAUUAUUAAAAUUAAAAAUAUCAAUGGUAGAAUCAUCAAUUAAAAAUGUUGAAUUAUUAUUAAAAAUGUUUUUAACUAUUAGAGAAAUUACAUUAAAUAUCUCAUCACCUUUAUAUUAUUACAAAUAUUAUAAACAAACUGAUUAUGAUAAUUUCCAACAUAUUGAAAAGAUUGAUAAAAAUAUUAAUAGUUUCAAUGGAUGUGAAGUUAGUGCUUUAAGAUUUGCAAAUUUUGAUUUAUUAUCAAGAUGGUACCAAGUAAUGAAUCAAUAUAUUUCACCAAAGUUGGACCUAGUUUAUUGUAAUAAUAAAAAUAUAAAUUUAAAAGAAGAUUCAUUUGGUAAUUUAAUUAAAAAGUCAACAAAUUCAAGUAUUUUAAAUGAAGUAAUUAAAAAUGGAUUUUUUGGAUCAUCAACCAGAUUAUUAGAAUUAUUUGAAACAACCACUCCUUUAUUAUUUAAUAAAUGUUUUAAUAGAUCAAAUCAAAUCCAAUUUAUAAAUCAAGUUUGUAAUGAAAUUAAAUUUAAUUUUGAUAAAUUUAAACUUCAUCCAAUAAUAUUUCUUCAAUUAAUUAUUCAAUAUAAUGAUUUUGAAUUUGUAAAAAUUACAUUUAAAGAAUUGGAAAGUAUUUUAAAACAUGAUACAAUUCUUAAAAUGCCAGCAAAUAUUUUAUAUGGUUUUAGAAAAAAUGCAAAUGGUUGCAAUUGGGAUAGAGAAAAUAAUUUCUAUAAUAUAAAUAAUAUUUUCAAAAGAGUUAAAUCAAUUGAAAUCUAUGAAUUCAUUUUAAAUAAUUUUAAAGGUUUUUCAUUUUUACACGAUUGGUUUUCAGUUAAAGAAAUGAUUAUAGAAUCAUUUAAAUCAGUAACAAUUCCAAAUAUUUUAAAUAAUGAAAUAAUUACAAAUACGAAUUCAAUAUCAUUACUUGAAUAUUAUUUCAACAAAACUGGUUCAAUUAAAGAUGGUGAUCAAAUUUAUUUAUUUAAGAAACCAAUGAAACAAAUUCCUAAUGAAUUUUUUAAUUAUUUAAAAUAUAUUGUUGAUAAUUGUAAAAGUUGUAAUAUAAAUUAUAAUUUAUAUUUUAUGAUUCAUUAUAUUAAAAAAUUCAAUGGUACAAAUCAAAUUAAAUUAUUUGAAUUUUUCACAUGGGUUGAUAUUAAAGGAAUGAUAUCAUUUAAUACACCACAAUUAACAUUACAUCAAAUUCUACAAAAUGGUAUUCAAACUAGAAUUGAAAUGGAAGAUGUUUUUAAAUAUAUUGUUGCAUCUUUCAAAAAUGAUAAUGAACUUUUAACAAAAAGAUUCUUUUCACCAUUUGAAACAUUAGAUAAAUUCACUCAUAGAUAUUCAUUAGAGUUAUCAAAAUUUAUGGAAGUGGUAAUUAAUAAUAAAGAUUUUAAUAUUAUAAAUUUAAUAAUGUUAAAUUAUUUCAAUAGAAAUGAUAAUGAUAACAGUACUAGUGAUCACCAAAAUUUAUUAUUUUAUGUUAAACAUUUUAUUGGUGAUCAAUAUAAUAUAAAAAUUUUAUAUUAUCUUUUAGAAUCUCAUAAUUAUUCUUUUUUAAAAUAUAUUGAAAAAAUUAAUAAUCCUUAUUUUAUAGAUUUAAAAAAUUCAUUAACAAUCAAUGAAUUCAAUUAUUUAUAUAACCAAAAAUAA